AUGACGAAAAUCCUGCAAUACCACCCAAAAAUUGUGCAAUCUCACAAAGAUCUGAUAUUUCGUUGUCUGGAUGACAAAGACGAGUCAAUCCGUCUACGGGCUCUGAAUCUAUUGCACGGAAUGGUUACAAAGAAAAAUUUGGUGGAGAUUGUGAAAUUCCUUAUGCGCCAUGUGGCUAAUCAAUCUAGUGGAGUACACUAUCGAAACGAACUGGUUUCUAAACUGGUGCAUCUUUGUUCGCAGGAUAAUUAUCACUAUGUCACUUCAUUUGAAUGGUAUAUCAGUGUCCUGGUCGAGCUGGCUCGAACUGAGGGAGUGCGAAACGGAACUCUGUUGUCUGAUCAGCUGAUGGACGUAGCUAUUCGAGUACCGAGUGUCCGCACCUUCUGUGUUGAACAAAUGGCUAUCUUGCUGAACGUAUGCGCUUCAACGACAACAACUCUCAAUGCGCAUCAGAAUGCAUUGCACGUUGUGGUUCAUGCGGCCUCGUGGAUUUGUGGUGAAUAUGCCAAAUAUUUGGAACGUCCACGGCAAGUUCUUGAGGACAUGAUUUCCACGGCUAAUCAUCUCGUCGAUUUACCUGGUCACGUCCAAUCAGUACUUGUGCUGAACACAUUCAAACUCUACUGCAGCCUGGUUCACAGUUGGACCGAGGAGACCGCAACACAAUGUGCUCAGCUCACCACGGAUAGCCUGGCCAAUGUACAUCGACUGCUAGAUCGUCUAUUAGAACUGAGCCACUACUUGUCGGACAAAUUUGCUCUGUUUGUGCACUCACCAGAUCUGGAAGUACAAGAGCGAGCGGUUUCACUUCAUCAAUUACUUUCCCUGGUCACUCGUCGAUUGAAUAAGAUCCAGUCUGUUUGUUCCGAGGAGAUGCCUCAACUCGCCCCGAAUGUUGUGCUCCCAAACUGUGAUGAACCAAACGGAGUGGAUUCCAUGUCCCCGACUAAUGAUUCCUUACUCAGUAGCAAAUCACUGGCUCAAACUGUACUCGACUCAAUUCAGUCCCUCACUCGUGAACUGGACACAUUGUUUGCCGGUGAAAUCAAUCCAGUCGCACCGAAAGCACAGCGCAAAGUGCCCAUUCCGGCCGAACUGAACCUGGACGAGUGGAUUAAUCCGCUCGUGCAAGCCACGCUGAAGCCAGUCGAGCAAUCGAUCAGUCCACGACCGGAGCCUACCGAAACAUUGUUUGCCAAAAGCAAACGACUUGGCACAAGUUCAAACCACACGAACGCAUCCAAUGAGAUUUUCUCCGGACUCUCGACCAGAUCACCAAAAGUGGUCCUCACGAAAGAACAGCUCGAUGAGAUGCGACAACGACGGUUAGAACAGCAACAACGUAAUCCGCACUACUUAAAGUCAACAACGAGAACGGUGAAUGGCGAUGAUCGAUCAAGUAUGCCGGAAACAGGUGCCACUUCGCCUCAGCUGUCUCAGAUCAGUCCGAAUCACGAAAUCCGUGUGGACGUACGCCAGGCUGCAGUUGUCCAGUCAGAUGCAGGUAAUUUCUGA